GUUUCGACAUAAAAUGAGGAGAAAGACUUCGUGGGCGAGUGAUUGGGUGAACGUCAUUCCGCGGCGACCCACGUUAUGCAAUGUUAUGCGUUCUAAGUCACUUAGCAUGCUUGGUUCCAAUUGGGUUCCAUUCUGUUGCGUGUCCGGAUAAGUACUAGCCGCCGCAAAACAUGGCGAAUGGUACCUACGAUCGAUGCCAAGAAACCGUUACGGAAGCUACGGCCACUAAUACGGGCUUGCCCGGCAAGGUAAACAGGGAAUGCACGAUGUAUAAUGUAUUAGAAUGGAUCGUGACGGAGUAACAAUUACGAAUCUUCUCUUUUUCUCUUGGACAUCUUUAGACAUUCUCUAGUUGCACUUGGCCUUAGAAAGUGGUUAAAGUCGUUCCUCCGUUCAGAGAAUCUGCUUCUUUGCGACUAGUCAUUCGUUUUUGACUGCUUUAUACACUCGUUUCUCAUUCCAGUGCGUCUUGAUAAUUCCGGCUUUCGCGAUCGCGGAUAUGAGCCUUCAAUGAGAGAAAUCUCGUGAAAAGUCUCGUACUAUUGCUGACGCCCGCUAAAGGCUUUGCGAUGCGGCUACACUCGCUUGAACCUGCGCAUAAUGCCUCAAACGGCCAACCAUAAAGAACCUGAUAUAGUAAAGAAGCAAGAAAUAGGCACAAUUACCACUUUCGCUCGGCAAACUCGGGGGCAGUUAGAAAGAGUUGGAGGAGAAGUGCAAGAAUGCGCCGUGCAAUGGUAUAAGAAAUAUUUUCUAGAAACAAUAUUACGACAGAAACCUCUGAAGCCUUCCAAAGAUGGCCGACAUAUUCCUUUGCGAGUCGAGCACGAACAAGCCCUCAUCGACGAGAGGCGCGGUCAUCCGUACAUAUCGAACACGAUUCGAACCUCGCGAUAUACCUUAAUUGAUUUUAUACCAAAACAGAUAAUAUUUCAAUUUACACGACUAGCCAAUUUUUAUUUCCUCUGCGUUGGAAUUCCCCAAGCGAUCCCGGGUUUGAGUACGACCGGAAGCUAUACAACCAUUCUACCUCUGUUAUUCUUUGUCCUUUUGACAAUUGUGAAAGAGGGUUAUGAUGAUUAUAAACGACACCGGCUAGAUAAUCUCGAGAACGCCAAUACUACGAGAGUAUUGAAGCGCAAGUCUUUAAAUCUAAAUUCGGCAUUGUCAACUCGAAGAUGGUUCGCAAGCAGGCGAAAAUCUUCUGAGAAGGAUGUAGAGUCUAAUGGCGAGGACAUCGAUUCGGAGUAUGGAUGGAGGCAGGUUAAGUGGCAGGACGUCUGCGUCGGUGAUAUUGUUAAACUAGUCCGUGACGAGGCUGUGCCUGCGGACCUAGUUCUUCUAUAUGCCACGGGAGAGAAUGGAUUGGCAUAUAUCGACACCAUGGACCUUGAUGGCGAGACCAAUCUUAAAAGUCGAGAAUCCCUUCCAGAUUUUAAGAAUUGUAGUACCAUUGCUGGCCUCCGCAGCUGCCAGGCUGAGUUCGUCCUUGAGGACCCGAAUCCCGAUCUGUAUCGUUUUGAUGGACGUGUUACGAUAAACGGCCAAACACUUCCCUUGACAUCUAACGAAGUCCUUUAUCGGGGAAGCACGCUUAGAAAUACUGAGCACGUCAUUGGUAUCGCUAUUAAUACCGGAGAGGAGUCUAAGAUCCGCCUGAAUGCGAAUCAACAUCCACAGGCGAAAAAACCGGCAUUAGAAACCAUCGCCAACAAAAUCGUUAUUGCACUUGCACUCUAUGUCAUUAUUUUGACAGUUGGAUGUUCUAUGGGAUAUGUCAUCUGGCGAAAAUCCACCGAACGGGAUUCAUGGUAUGUCUCUAUGGCUACCGUGGAAUUUAAGCAAAUCAUUAUCGGUUAUGCUAUUAUGUUCAAUAACGUCAUUCCUCUCGCGCUCUAUGUCACUCUUGAGAUAACGAGGAUCGGCCAGAUGCUCCUAUUAAACAACGAUGUAGAAAUGUAUGAUGAGGCUACUGAUACUCCAGCUCGGUGUAAUACCAAUACCAUUCUGGAGAAUCUUGGUCAAGUCAGCUAUAUCUUCUCUGAUAAGACCGGUACGCUAACGGAAAACGUCAUGAAAUUUCGGAAGAUGAGCAUUGCGGGCACGUCAUGGCUACAUGAAAUGGAUAUUCAAUCCGAAGCCGCGGCGACAGUCGGCCAAAGUCUUAACGCAAGUACAGCACUCGCAGUGCCACGAAGGUCUAGGGAGGUUGCUAGCGUGAUUCAUGAGGAUAUCGAACUCUAUCCUCUGUCUUCGCCAUCAUCAAUUUUCACUCCUCGAUCUGAGAGGAGAUCAUCAUCGCAGUGGAGAUCAACCGCUCGCCCGGACCAUUUGCAACCGGAUGUAACAACUACAGAUCUAUUGGAGUAUAUUCGACUUAGACCAACGUCGGCAUUUGCGAGGCAAGCAAAAGAUUAUAUCUUAUGCAUAGCUCUUUGUCACACGUGUUUACCGGAAGAAAAAGAUGGCAAAGUCGACUUUCAAGCUUCGUCGCCGGAUGAGCUAGCACUCGUUCGUGCUGCUCAAGAACUUGGGUACUUGGUUGCCCAUCGAUCUUCCCAGGCCGUAACUUUACAGAUCGAUACCGGUGACGGCAACAUAAGGACAGAAGUAUAUCAGAUUCUAGACGUCAUCGAGUUCAGCAGUAAGAGGAAACGCAUGUCAAUUGUUGUGCGUUAUCCCGAUGGGAGAAUAUGCAUUAUCUGCAAGGGUGCGGAUUCGAUGAUCCUUCCCAGGCUCAGGUUGGCUCAUGUAGCGAUGCAGAAGGCAACGGAGGUCCGUAAAAGUGUCGAACUCGAACACGAGCUUUUACGAAGAAGCGAACAAUUGGAGGUGAGAAAUAGCUUUGGCGGUCGUCCAAGCCUCACUCUACGACGGAAUAUCGCAGGAAACCGAAAUAGUAUUGCUCUUGCACAACUUGACGUGCCUGCUAAGUCGCCAUCCAUUGUGAGGAGUCGAUCUGUGGAGGCAGCCAGAUCGCGACCCUCUGGAGAUAGAUCUCGUCCGAAACUAGGCAUUCGAACUACGUCUCUCGAAGUAUCGAAUACAUUGUUGAAAGUGAGUCCAUCAACGCCAAGGCCGUUGCCGGAGAAAUUCAAUUUUCUUGACGAUACUUCCAUUUACGACGAGUCAACAACUUUUAGUCGAUGUUUCAAACAUCUGGAUGAUUUUGCUACCGAAGGCUUGCGAACACUAUUAUUCGCGCGGAAAUUCAUACCUACCAGCGAGUAUGACACAUGGAAGAAAGUAUAUAACGAUGCGACGACAAGUUUAGUCAAUCGCCAGGAUAUGAUCGAAGCAGCGGGUGAGCUAAUCGAGCAGUCGCUUGAUCUCGUUGGUGCGACAGCAAUCGAGGACAAACUCCAAGCCGGCGUUCCCGAGACCAUCGAUAAGCUUCGCCGCGCCAAUAUUAAAAUCUGGAUGUUGACAGGAGAUAAGCGCGAAACUGCUAUUAAUAUUGCUCACUCGGCGCGAAUAUGUCGCCCAGGUUCUGAUAUAUUCAUCCUUGAUUCGUCAAAGAACUCUCUAGAGACACAAAUUAUCGACGUUUCCGAGGAUAUUGAGACUGGUUGCACUCAUAGUGUUGUCGUCAUUGAUGGUCAAACUUUGGCAGUUGUUGAGCAGUCGGCGCAUCUCACAGACCUCUUCUACACCCUCAUUCCUAAAAUUGACUCCGUCAUAUGCUGUCGAGCGUCGCCCGCUCAAAAAUCCAUGAUUGUCAAAGCUAUCCGGCAACGAGUACCGAGUGCUCUGACCCUCGCUAUAGGCGAUGGUGCAAAUGAUUUGGCAAUGAUUUCCACUUCCCAUGUUGGAGUUGGAAUAUCGGGUAAGGAGGGUCUCCAGGCGGCUCGCGUGGCCGACUAUGCCAUCGCAAAAUUUCGCUUUUUGCAGCGCUUGCUUCUUGUUCACGGCCGUUGGAACUAUGUUCGCACAGCGAAGUUUAUCCUCACGACCUUCUGGAAGGAGAUGUUCUUCUACCUACCCACGGCAAUGUAUCAACGUUAUAAUGGAUAUACCGGAACCAGUCUCUAUGAGAACUGGAGUUUAACUGUAUUCAACACGUUGUUUACGAGUCUAUGUGUUAUAUGUCUAGGUAUAUGGGAGCAGGAUCUUAGCGCAGAGACGCUCCUUGCUGUUCCCGAGUUGUACGUACACGGACAAAGAAACAGUGAGCUGAACAUACCCAAGUUCGUACGUUGGAUGGCUUCUGCAGCUACGGAAGGUGUUUUAGUAUGGCUUGGUGUAUGGGCUGCUUACAGUGUGUUUGGACAUGCUCUCGAUGAUGGACUCUUUGCUUUUGGUGACUUGGUGUUUACAGUUGGUGUAAUCUGGAUCAACUGGAAGAUUUUCAUCAUCGAAACACACCAUAAGACAUCUAUUGUUCUAGGAGCAUUUGGAAUUACUAUGGCCGGGUGGUGGGCAUGGCAAGCAUUUCUUUCGGGAGUCUAUGCUGCGCAACCGAGCCCCUAUCCAGCCAGGAAUGGAUUUGUUAGCACAUUCGGAACGGAUCCGGUGUGGUGGGUAACACUCAUUGUCGUAGUAACUGUACUCAUCUCGAUAGAGAUGGCUUACAAAGUGGUGAAACGCAACAUGGUCAUUGCGGGUAUGUGGAAAUGGCCUCCAUGGCAACCGAGGAGCGUCGACGACAGCCUGGAGGAGUGGGGCUUAGAAGUCUGGCAGGAACUGGAACAAGAUCCAGUUACUCGCGAGCGAUUACGGAGAGCGGCUAUGGAUGAUGAGGAUGAAGAUGAAGGCGACGAUGAACGGGACAGCGUCGACCCGGAUGACGUAGCUAAGGUGCUAUGAUGGAAGAGCAUUUGUCGGCGUUUUGGAUCCACAUACCUAGGUACUAUCCAUAUACAUAUACUCUAAUCGGUCUCCAUCUCGGGACGAUCGCUUAGAUGAAGUUUUGGCGGGGAUUUCUUUGGGGGCUUUCUGGGAUUAGACAUAUACCCUGCAAUCACGAUGGGAUAUAUCUAGAGCGAUGCUCAUGGAUAUCAUAUUAUAUUAAUUACAUACUUCAUAUACACCAUUAUUAAGAGCCAUU